AGUACUACCACACGCAUGCUCAGAGUGUGCGUCCGAGCAGUAGUUGUAUACACGUGUGUUCAACGGCGACGACAAACUGCACCAGGCUGUGAUUGUUUGCUGUUGUAACACACAACAUGGCAAAGGCAGACGCUGCAAGACGUAGAAAAAGACAAAGCAAAGUUGUCACCAGUGAAGUUGGAGGAGAAGAGCCUAACAUUGAGGGACAGGCUGAGGCUGUCUCAAGUGAACAAAAAGUUGGGACAGAGGAGGAUGCUCCCACUGAGAGCACAGAGGUGAAAUGGGAGGAGAAGACCCGAGAUGAACAAGAUUCUCAGAUGGAAACAGUCAUUGAAGUAAAGGGAAGCAAAGCCACUGUAACUGUAUCCUGGAAGAAGAAGCAUAAAGAAGGAGAGCGUGAUGAUUCGGAAAGGAGAACCAAUCCAAGUGAUCAGAUGACUGUAAAUGAAAUAAUGGGUUGUGAAGAACAGACUCAGGCGGUCACUUCGGCUGAUGCAAUAGACAAUGCUCCCAAUGAGAGUUUUCAGAUAAAGAUGGAGCAAGCGAUGGAGAACAUCAAAGAUGAACAAGAAUCUCAAAUGGACACCAUCGCUGACGAAAGUGAAAGUGCACCCACAGUAACUGUAACUUGGGCGAAGAAGAACGAAAGAGGACAGACUAAUGGAAGUGAACAGAUGGUUGUUAAAAAGGAGGCAGUGAAUGGGAAACGGAAGGCAGAGUCUAAAGCUGAGACUUCCCCAUCAAAGAAAACUAAGCUCAUCAAUGAUGGUUUUUGCCUUUUUGUUGGCAACCUGAACAACUCCAAAACAUUCGAAGAGGUCAAAGAUUCAUUAGCAAGUUACCUCAUGACACAAAGUCUCCUGUUUCAAGACAUCAGAUUAGACCGGUCGAAAAAACAUGCAUUUGUAGAUUUGGCCUCAGAGAUGGACUUGACGAAAGCCUUGACGUUAAACGGAGUGAUGAUCCUCGAUAAUCCAGUGAAGAUCGCUAAAGCAAAGGUCAAAAGUGAGGACAAGGUGAAGGCGAAAGCUCCACAGCUGGACAAAAAAGUCAAAGAUGCCAGAUGUUUGUUUCUGAAGAACGUCCCUUACAACGCAACAAAAAAAGACAUUCUGAAAAUCUUCCACAAGGCCAUUGCUGUCAGGUUUCCUGGUGGAACGAAAAGCCCAAGCCAAGGGAUUGCCUUUGUGGAGUUUAAAAAUAAAACCAUUGCCAAGAAAGUAUUGCAGAAAAGGCAAGGAGCCAAGAUCCACGGCCGGGUUUUAAUUGUGGACAGUGUAGGAGAAACAAAGGUGCCAAAAGUCACCAAUGCUGAAGAUACAAAAGCUGCACCUCCUCCAAACAACACCUUAUUUGUGAGCAAUAUGUCUUACAAUGUGAAUGAAAAAAAACUCAGCAAAGUCUUUCAGAAAGCUGUUAGCAUCAAAAUGCCUCAAAACAAAGGCAAAUCCAAAGGAUAUGCAUUUGUCGAGUUUGCAACCGUGGCAGAGGCUGAAAAGGCCUUGCAGGCAUCAAACAACAUUAAGAUCUGCAAAAAGACGAUCAGAGUCCAGUUUUUUGAAAUGAGAGCAACACCAGAGAAGGCAAAAGUCCUAUUAAAAACGCUGAUUAUAAUGGGCCUCGCUGAGAAGACGACUGCAGAGACUCUUAAAAGUGCCUUUGAUGGAGCCCUCAGUGCAAGAGUUGCUGUAGAUAAAGAGACAGGAGUUUCAAAGGGGUUUGGGUUUGUUGAGUUUGAGAGUGAAGAGAAUUGUAAAGCUGUCAAAGAAGCCAUGGAAGACUGUGAGAUAGAUGGCAACAAAGUGACUGUGGCUUAUGCGAAAGCAAAGAGUGAAAGGGGUCGCCAAGGUGCCAGAGGAGGCUUGGCGGGGCGUCCCGGUGGUCAGCCUGCAGGUCAGCCUGCAGGUCGGGCUGCUGCCAGAGGGGGGCGUGGUGGCAGAGGUGGAAGAGGAGGUAGCAGACGUGGAGCCGGCCUGCUGCAGGAUGCUGCUAAACAGGUGGAAAAUAAAGACUAACUCACCUUGGAAAAGUUAUCAGAGUUGAAUGUACAGACUGUGCAGGGGUGUGAAAAUGUGUACAAUAUUGUUUGUCUUAGUUGACAGUUGAACCUGUGGCAUCUUGUAACUUUAGCUGACAUAUUUUGUACUCUAAAUCAUUCAGAUCAUAAGUACUGAAACAUUAUGCAGGUUUGUUAUGUGAAAAGUUGAUGA